AUGCUGCAGCAGCUCUUGAUCACCCUGCCCACCGAGGCCAGCACCUGGGUGAAGUUGCACCAUCCAAAGAAAGCCAAGUAGGGGGCAACCCUGUGGGAGGAUGUGACUAAAAUGCUCCAGGGAGAAGCUCUGCUGUCUCAGGAUGCUGAUGUGAGUCAGGGAAAAGGUUUAGAGGAUAAAGUGGCCCCUGGGCCCCCAACAGCAGAAUCUAGGGAACUGUUAACCUUCAAGGACAUAGCUGUGGACUUCACCCAGGAGGAGUGGAGGCAGCUAGACCCUGCUCACCGAAAUCUGUACCGGGAGGUGAUGCUGGAGAACUAUGGGAACCUGGUCUCAGUGGGAUAUCAACUUUCCAAGCCUAGUGUUAUUUCCCAGUUGGAAAAAGGAGAAGAACCAUGGCUGACAGAGAAGGGGCCAGGAGAUACCAGUUCAGACUUGGAGAGUAAAACAGAAACCAAUGAUUCAACCAUAAAGGAAGACAUUCCACAGGAACAGCUAUAUCACAGCAUUAUGAUGGAAAGGUCCAUGAGUGAUGGUAUAAUUUAUUCCACAUUGAGAAAAGUCUACAGAUGUGAUGAUGAGUUAAAAAGGCACCAGGAAACCUGGAAAGAUGUGAGGCAAGCCAUCUUGAUCCAUAAGAACAGUGGCCAAGAAACUAACAAAUUUGUGGAAAAUAUCAUAGUGAGUUCAAAUGUUAUUAUAGAACAGAGACACUAUAAAUGUGACACACCUAAAAAGAGGAGCAUAUACAAUUUAGAUUUCAUUAAUCAUCCAACAGAUUACAUAAGAACAAAAACCUUUCGAUGUAACAUAUGUAAAAAAAUCUUUAAACAAACCAUUCAUCUUACUGAACACAUGAGAAUUCAUACUGGUGAAAAACCUUUCAGAUGUAGGGCAUGUGGAAGAGCCUUUAGUCAAAGCGCAUCCCUUAAUACACACCAGAGAAUCCAUACUGGUGAGAAACCCUAUGAAUGUGAGGAAUGUGGCAAAGCCUUCAGACAUCGCUCGUCUCUUAAUCAGCAUCAUAGAACUCAUACGGGGGAGAAGCCCUAUGUAUGUGAUAAAUGUCAGAAAGCUUUCAGCCAGAACGUUAGCUUGAUCCAACAUUUGAGAACUCAUUCUGGAGAGAAACCCUUUACAUGCAAUGAAUGUGGGAAAACCUUCCGACAGAUUCGACACCUUAGUGAACAUCUGAGAAUUCAUACUGGGGAGAAGCCCUAUGCAUGUACUGCAUGUUGUAAAACCUUUAGCCAUAGAGCAUAUUUAACACAUCACCAGAGAAUCCAUACUGGGGAGAAACCCUACAAAUGUAAGGAAUGUGGGAAAUCUUUUAGGCAGAGGAUACACCUUAGCAACCAUAAAACUGUUCAUACAGGAGUGAAAGCGUAUGAAUGCAAUCGUUGUGGAAAAGCCUAUAGGCAUGAUUCAUCCUUUAAGAAACAUCAGAGACAUCACACUGGAGAAAAACCUUAUGAAUGUAAUGAAUGUGGAAAAGCCUUCAGCUAUAAUUCAUCACUUAGUCGACAUCAUGAAAUACACAGGAGGAACUCCUUCCCAAAUAAUGUGUAA